GAUAAGUUUCUUAACAGAAGGUGACGUAUCUGAACAGCGACAUUUAGUGCUACACCCAUUUUUGUCUUGAUAAGGUUGAUUUCUUUCGCACGGUACAAUAGAAGAAAUGGGGUUGAACUCGCAGGUAUGUUGUGCUGCACGGAAACACUUUCAAAUGUGAACAUUUCGGAGAUGUGGUUGUUGUUUUACAAGAGCCCAUGGCACUUGUGGUUGAUCUCGUGUCUGGUAAAAUAUGGUGCUGGUGAUGUGAGUGGUUUCCGUAUACGAUUACGCUACACCAACGAUUCUAGGCAAUCUGUUGCUUUUCACAACGUGUCUUCGGUAAGUAAUGUCGAAACGGUUCGGAUCCUUGGAAAGGGAAGCACUUUACUUGGGCACCAGCAGUGGACAUUCUCAACCCCUCUGUAUCGUAGCAGACCAAGGUUAACUCAAAGAAAAAUUGUUUCUCGGAGCGUCGAUAUUUUAAAACGAUCCACCCAAACUCCGGAAAAGACAGCUAAGGUGUCAUGGCCGCGAUCGGUACGUCACAGGCGUUUUAAUAAUGUACGUCACAAACGGAGCGGCGGAUCGAUCAUUAAAAAACACUAUAACACAAAUGUGGGUGUUGCAACAAUCGAAAAAGGAGUCGCCCACGAACAAAGUCAAAAACGUAAAGGCCGAGAUUCUGAAACAGGCGCGACGGACAAAAUGGAAGAAGGAAUCGAGGACUCACACAAACUAAAGAAUAAAGGCCAAGAUUUUGACGAAGCUUCAGCUGAUACAAUGCAACGGGCUGCGUCAAACUCUGGGUCAAAAGAAGUUUCUCAACGCUUGGCGGGGAAAUCAGACGCUUCAAAUGCAACCUUACGAUUUGGAGGCGACAACGGCAGUCCGUGCAAUGUUGUAGAAACUAGUCUCGGUUCAAUGAUUAACUGCACAUAUCGUGGUCUAGAUCACAUAGAGCCGAAUUGGUUUCCGGAGAACGCGUCGGUCGUGUUGCUUGAUCAAAAUGCCCUGGCCACAAUUCCGAACGGAACUUUUGAGCACUUGAGUAGACUAAUUAUUCUAAGUGUUACAAAUAAUCAAUUGAAGUAUCUUGAAGGGGGGAGUUUUCUUGGACUUGGUCAUCUUGAAGUUUUGAACUUGGAAAAUAACGAACUGGACAUGACAUCCGAUGUUUAUCCCCCGUCGGUCUUCGCCCCGUUGGUAAGUUUAAAAGAGUUGCGACUUCUUCAAGAGAUUUCAAUCGGUCAACAUGCUUAUCCAGAAGGGUUUUUCAAAUUUCUCCAGAAUCUAACCGUUUUGUCUAUUAAUACGGUAGGGGGAGCGUUGUUCUUCGAUUCUGAAUUCAAGAGUAUGAAAGACCUGAAACAACUGGAGAUAACCGGCAACGUUCAUUUCAUGGUCAAUUCAAGUUUCGAGAACGUCAGUCAGUUGAAAACUCUAAAAAUGGAUGCAUUUCAAAACGUUCAAAGGGUCUCUUCCGGCCUGUUUGAACCAUUGACGCAGUUGGACGUGCUUGACCUGUCUUUUAUACAAUUGGGCUUGAAGGAAACUCUCGAGCUGUUGGCUCCCUUCGAAGGCCGGAACAUGUCAAUGAUCUCCCUUGACGCCGUCAACCGUUUUUCCCACGAGAGCUACACAAGCAUCCUGAGCAGGGACGGAAUCCUGGACGCCGAGAAAAUGAAACAUGUGGUGAAAAUUUGUGUGCGCGAGAUAAGAUUGUCCAGGAAUAAAAUUUUUGUUGUUGAAGAAAGUGCUUUUCAAGAUCGCUAUGUUUUGAAUAAGUGCUUGAGAAGUUUUGAAAUCACAGACAACCCGAUUGUAGGCACUAGCACGGCUCUGCUGAGCAUUCUUCAGCUUCAGAGUCUAACGUCUUUCACUAUAACUGGACCAAUACGAAAUUGUUCAAAUAUACACAGGAUGUUAGGCGGUUAUGCCACGUUCAACGGAAUGCUUGCUUCGGGACAAACUUUUGAUUCGGUUGGACCCACGAUCAAAAAAGACUUGUCGGCAAGAGAGUCUUCCUUUGCCCACAGUUACCGGAAUGGACUCGGAAAUGUUCUAACGUCAAAAAAUAGAAAAAGAAUUUCCCUAAACAUCGGUCCAAGUAAUAGCGCCGUCUUGUUCAGCGGAGCUCAUUCGAUUAAAGAUGAAAGUAACUUUAUCCGCGUGUCAAGCUCUCUGAAGCAUCUGGCUAUGCAAAGCCUCAUAGAAUCAGGGUACUUUUCUGACAACUACACAAUACGCGGGGCCGAGGGUAUCACAGAAUUGGACCUCUCGAACAACAACUUCCAAAGUUUUAGUGGCACGAUUUCCGGAUUCACUGGUCUGAAAACGUUGUUUCUAUCCGGGAAUGACCUUUGUGAUUUGUCCGAAUCAUUUUUCGACACGUUUCCAAAUUUAGAAAAUUUAGAUCUCUCCAGCUGCAACUUGCAGACCCCGUUCUUGGCAGGAUCCGGGGGUAGACUAUUUAAAGUUCUUAAACAUCUGAGACUGCUUGACCUUUCCUUAAAUUUACUCAGCCUUCUAGGAAAAGACAUUUUUUCUUGGAACCCUGCGAUGGAGGGUGUAUUUCUUUCUAAGAACAGAUUUCGAGAAAUUCCGUUCGAUUUAAACAACACCCCGAAUCUGGAAGUACUGGACAUGAGAGAAAACUCCUUAACGACACUGUCGAACGAUAUCUUAGUUGAAUUGGACGCAUUGAGUCUCAGACCAAACUCGUUUCAGCUGUACCUGUCUGGAAAUAUUUUCUCAUGUAGCUGUGAGAAUCUUCAGUUCUUGCAAUGGAUCUUCUCUACGAAUGUCGUCCUUGACAAGGAUAGAAACUUUACGUGCAUGGACAGUGCAGGUGUUUUGACACACACAUCCGCUUUUGUUGAUCUUGAAGGAGUUUGGAGGACGUGUCGAGGGGAAUUUUUCUUCUCGGUGGCUCUUGUUCUGUUUUGUGUAAUAUGUAUCGGGUUCUUAACUGUGUUUGUCUUGAUGAGAAAUAAACUCUACAUAACGUCAACGCUUCUCAAACUGUUGGGUGGAAUUAAAAUCAAGACCCUAUCCGACUAUAACAUUGGAGUGUUUAUCGGUUACGCUGAUAAAGACUAUAGGUUUCCCUGCUCAGACCUCAGAGUCUACAUCGAAGAGGGCCUCGGGUUAUCGACCUACAUCCUCGACCGUGACCUCAGCCUCUCGUGCGACACAGCCUCCGGCAUUUCGCACGCCAUCAGCUGCAGCUGGAGAACCGUUCUUGUAAUUACUGAGCAAUUUCUCGUCGAGGACUCGUGGGCCAUGUUUACGCUGAGAUCAGCGCUGUACUCUCAGACGGCAGACAACCCCGAGCGGGUGGUAGUCUUAGUUGAGCAGCGACUCCACCAUCUCUUGCCCACUGAGGUUAUGAGCUCUAUCCCUGAGGACAACAUUAUAUGCGUAUCGCGUUGGAGCCUGGAUUAUGAGCUGAAGGAAAAACUAAGGACACGCAUUGUAAGGGACUGACGAUACAGUGUGACACCAGACACUUGGCUUAGCCUGUUGGCUCACUGAUGGGCUGCUUUGUGUUUUUUAAUGUUUGUUUAUUACUUAACUGAUCUUUUGAUGGCUUAACAUUUUUGGAUGACACUCUGUUUUUUUAAGAUGGUGGAUAAGUUGCAUUGUGAAAUAAUGUGUCCCGUGUUUGGUUUUUAUUAGGAUUUAUUGAAUUAUAUUAUUGUAUGGAUUUGUUGGUUAUUUGUAUUGAUUGUUGGGUUAUUUGGAUUGAAUAGUUGGUGGUUUUGAUUGAUUGUGGUUGUUCUUUUGUCAGAAAGUCACCUGAUUCAUUAAUUCAUUGCUGUUUUCUGCCAAUUGUUUGAAAUAUUGGUCAUUUUGUUUACAUGGUCAAAUAAAUGAGAACUAUUUUACUAAAUGUCUUUCAAAAAGAAAAAUUGUAC